GCCUGCUCAUCAAGGUUCGAACAUCAACAUUCCCAAAAGAAAGAAGUCGCCUGCACUUCCACCCACCGAUUCUCCAUCAACCCCGUGAACCUCCCGUACUCAGAACCUCCAAACGACAAUGUCAGACAUCAACAUCCAGGCGCUGCUCCAGAAGCCGCGCAGUGAGUGCACGGAGUAUGAGAUUGCCCAGCUGGAGAGCUGGGAGAUGAGCAACGGCCCGCUGUCGCUGCUGCAGACGGCUGUGCGGAGCCACUCGCAGGUGCUCAUCAGCAUCCGGUCGAAUCGCAAGCUGCUGGCGCGAGUCAAGGCUUUUGAUCGUCACUGCAACAUGAUCCUAGAGAACGUGAAGGAGAUGUGGACGGAGACUCCGGUGCAUAAUGGGAAGAAGGGCCGGCCGGUGAACAAGGACCGGUUCAUCAGCAAGAUGUUCCUUCGUGGUGAUAGCGUCAUCAUCGUCUUGCUGAGCUGAGCUGAUGUUGUUCUUUGGGGCUUGAUGGAGACCUGGCGGUCCUACACAACACCUCCGCAUUUACUCACUUCCUGACUUAGCCUUGCCGCCAACGGAGUGGGUAGCU